AUGAAUGUGGAAAGUGAGAAUGAAAAGGGUGGGAGUAAAAGUGAGAAUGAAGAAGAAGGAAAGGGAGAGAAGAAGUUAUUGGCGAGGAGAACACUGAUCACAAACCAUCUCCAGCCAAUGGAACACUAUCCAACACAGUUUCCGAAUGGACAGGAACACUACCCAACACAGUUUCUGAUUGGACAAGAACACUACCCAACACAGUCUCUGAUUGGACAGGAACACCACUCAAGACAGUCUCUGAAUAGACAGGAACACUACCCAACACAGUUUCCGAAUGGACAGGAACACUACCCAACACAGUUUCUGAUUGGACAGGAUCACUACCCAACACAGUUUCCGAAUGGACAGGAACACUACCCAACACAGUUUCUGAAUGGACAGGAACACUACCCAACACAGUUUCCGAAUGGACAGGAACACUACCCAACACAGUUUCCGAAUGGACAGGAACACUACCCAACACAGUUUCUGAUUGGACAGGAACACUACCCAACACAGUUUCUGAUUGGACAGGAACACUACCCAACACAGUUUCUGAUUGGACAGGAACACUACCCAACACAGUUUCUGAUUGGACAGGAACACUACCCAACACAGUUUCUGAUUGGACAGGAACACUACCCAACACAGUCUCUGAAUGGACAGGAACACUACCCAACACAGUUUCUGAAUGGACAGGAACACUACCCAACACAGUUUCUGAAUGGACAGGAACACUACCCAACACAGUUUCCGAUUGGACAGGAACACUACCCAACACAGUUUCCGAAUGGACAGGAACGCUACCCAACACAGUUUCCGAUUGGACAGGAACACUACCCAACACAGUUUCCGAAUGGACAUGUUCUACUGAUAUCGGUAUGGAGGCUUGGCUGUCAGUGUAGUGUGUUGUAG